UCUCUCUCUCUCUCUCUCUCUCUCUCUCAUCCCUCUCUUUUGCAGAUGUUCCGUGUCUUCUCUGGAUCCUGGACCCUGUCAGAACCACAGGAGGAAGACUGGUUUAAGUUCAGGAGGAACAAAGUCCAGCUUGUCUUCAGCUCCGCCGCUGUUCAGAAAAUGAGCAGUUCUCUGGAACAAGUCGUGGCCCAGAAGAAAGAGGCCAUCGAGGCGCUGAUGGACAUGUUUGAGAGGGGGGCCGAGGUGCUGGCGAGCGCCGUGGGUGAGCUCUUCCCCCUGUGUGAGGCGGCCGCCCCGGUUCUCCGGCUGGCCUUGGACAACGUGCAGAGCAAAGAGGUGUUCUACGUCAAGGAGCAGUUCCUGACGGUCAGGAACAAGCUGGACGUCCUCUCCGGUCAGCUGGAGGACAUCGACUGCGAGAUCAAGAAGGGACGGCUGGACUCGCACUACUUCUCCGUGGAAGAGAACAUCAGGAACCAGUUCCGGAAGUACAUGGACAUCCUGGAGGCCAAGCCGCAGUUCAGGGAGGUGAAGACAAAGCUUUUCUUGGAGCACUUUGCCAAAACUGGAGGGGAGAAGAACCUGUGUGUGCUCUACGACGCUCUGAUGGGAACGAACAGCUUCGGAGAAGCAGUUUUAGACGUGGUGGAAAGGUACGUGGCGAGGAACCGCCGGCUCCUGGAGGAUUUCUGUGUCCGGAUGAAGGAGCUCUUCUGCCUGGGCCUGAUCGCCUUGCUGGGACACUGCGCCCUGACCCUGCAGAGCCAGGAGGAAGAGCAGGACAAGAUCCAAGAGUGGAGCAGCAAAAUACAAGAAGUGGAGUCCAGGAUGAAGACCACCAUCGACUCCUGCGUCGCUGCGUUCCCAGAACAAGCCAAGCUAGACGUGCAGCACCUCCUGCAGGAGAAAGAGGAGGAGAGUCUGCAGGACACGAGCCAGCAGGUCCUCCAGCUCCUGGUGAAGAAAUACGACUGGGUGUGCUGGUCGGUGCGCCUCAUCAACCACUCGGGCAGCGCCUACAGGAACCUCCGAGCAGGGAAGCACUUCCAUCACGUGGCCGGUCAGAACUGGUUCGAGGUGCUGCAGGUGAACAACAUCAACCUGGUGGUGUCGUACAGCACCAAGCCCCAGCCGGUGCCUCGGGACCGCCUCCUGCAGCUGAUGGAGGCGCAGGGGAGGCGGGGCAACGCUCCGGAGGUGGUGGAGGUGUUGGAGAAGCAGCUGUGCGGCUUCGUCGUGCACGCCGUCAGUCGUCACAAAGAGUCGGCGGCAGCCUGGAGUUUUCCGGAGGAGUGCCACUACUGGGAACGCCACAAGAACGUGGCGGUGUGUGUGCACUCUGAGUAAAGCUGCAGGGGGCGGGGCUUAAACAAGAAGGUCUCAGCUGCAGCUUAACUUAAGCUGAAUCCCAUUUCAUCCACUUCCUGCAGUUUGUGUGUUUAUAUCAAAUAAAGAUGUUCCAGAUUGUGAUAAUAUA